AUUUCCUUGCUUUUCUCACAGCUCAAGAGAUGGCUGCCCAGUGCGUCACGAAGGUGGAGCUGAAUAUUUCCUGUGAUAAUCUCUUGGAUCUAGAUGUAGGGUCAAAGUCGGACCCUUUGUGUGUGUUAUUUUUGAAUACAAGCGGCCAGCAGUGGUAUGAGGUUGACCGCACAGAAAGGAUUAAGAAUUGCUUGAAUCCCAAAUUUUCCAAGACAUUUAUUAUUGAUUACUACUUUGAAGUGGUUCAGAAGUUGAAAUUUGGGAUUUAUGACAUCGACAACAAAACCAUUGAGCUGAGCGAUGAUGACUUCUUAGGAGAAUGUGAAUGUACCCUUGGACAAAUUGUUUCCAGUAAGAAGCUAACUCGACCAUUGGUGCUUAAAAAUGGCAGACCUGCGGGGAAAGGGAGCAUUACGAUUUCAGCUGAAGAAAUAAAGGAUAACAGAGUGGUCUUGUUUGAAAUGGAAGCAAGAAAACUGGAUAAUAAGGAUCUGUUUGGAAAGUCAGAUCCAUACCUGGAAUUCCACAAGCAGACAUCUGAUGGAAACUGGCUAAUGGUUCAUCGAACAGAGGUUAUUAAAAACAACUUGAAUCCUGUUUGGAGGCCUUUUAAAAUCUCUCUUAACUCCCUGUGCUAUGGAGAUAUGGACAAAACUAUUAAGGUAGAGUGCUAUGAUUAUGAUAAUGAUGGGUCACAUGAUCUCAUUGGAACAUUUCAAACUACCAUGACGAAACUGAAGGAAGCCUCCAGAAACUCGCCUAUUGAAUUUGAAUGCAUAAAUGAAAAAAAGAGGCAAAAGAAGAAAAACUACAAGAAUUCAGGUGUUAUCAGUGUGAAGCAGUGUGAGAUUACGGUGGAAUGUACAUUCCUUGACUAUAUCAUGGGAGGAUGUCAGCUGAAUUUUACUGUGGGAGUGGACUUCACUGGCUCCAAUGGUGACCCCAGGUCUCCUGACUCCCUGCAUUACAUCAGUCCCAAUGGAGUUAAUGAGUAUCUGACCGCCAUCUGGUCCGUGGGACAGGUCAUCCAGGAUUACGAUGCUGAUAAGAUGUUUCCGGCUUUUGGUUUUGGAGCCCAGAUCCCUCCUCAGUGGCAGGUUUCACAUGAAUUUCCGCUGAACUUUAAUCCAUCCAGUCCCUACUGUAAUGGAAUCCAAGGCAUUAUAGAUGCGUAUCGGGCCUGCCUUCCUCAGAUAAAACUCUAUGGGCCAACGAAUUUUUCUCCAAUCAUCAAUCACGUGGCCAGGUUUGCUGCUGCAGCCACACAGCAGCAGACAGCGUCUCAAUAUUUUGUGCUCCUAAUCAUUACCGAUGGUGUGAUCACAGACCUUGAUCAGACCAGACAAGCCAUAGUGAACGCUGCCAAGCUGCCCAUGUCCAUCAUCAUCGUUGGGGUCGGAGGAGCAGACUUCAGUGCCAUGGAAUUUCUGGAUGCCGAUGGUGGAAGUCUCCGCUCCCCGUCGGGCGAAGUGGCCAUCAGAGACAUUGUCCAGUUUGUGCCUUUCAGACAGUUCCAGAACGCUCCUAAAGAAGCGCUGGCUCAGUGUGUCUUGGCUGAGGUCCCCCAGCAGGUGGUGGGCUACUUCAACGCCUACAAACUCCUCCCCCCCAAGAACCCGGCUGUGAAGUGAAGGGAGCGGGCGCCCGAGCAGAGUGCUUCUGUGCCGUGGGGAGCGGUGGCUUCCUCCCUCACCUGAAUCAUGAAUCUUUUCAUUUUACACACUUUUCACCCCCAGCAUUUAUCAUGUAAACCUAGUUCUCUAUGGAGUGUCUCUAUUUAAAGCAUUCUCUGUGUACUUUUUUUGGAGGAAAGUGCUAAGUUAAUCUUUGCUCAAUCAAUUCAGUGAGUGCUAGUGAUUUAUAGUCAUUUCAGUGAGGCUGUUUGGAUUAGAAUCUCGUGUGAGAAAAGCCGCUUUUGUCGUUGUCGCUGUUUACUGGCAUAUGAUGAAAAUGCUGUUUUUCGAUAUUUGUCAAUAGGAAGAAUGAAACAUUGUUGGGAUGAUGCGAUUUAC